UUUGAGUUGGACACCUUGUGGUUAGAAGAUAUCACUAUGAUCCUGUGUGUGCUGAUAGUGUUCAACAUCAAGCUCAUGUCACUGAUUUACUUCAGAAUGUAUGGAUAUUUACCUAGUGGUGAAAGAUGUAAAUGUAUAUUGAACAACAUAUUAAGAUUUUCACAAUCCCUAUUUUUCAUAGUCUCCGCUGCAAUAAUCCUACUUAAAUAUCCACAAUUACAGAACAAAGAUUCUUUUUCAGAUCCCUUAUUUUCCUUGUACAGUAGCUGGAUGGUGAAUAUAUUUGUAAUUCUAGGAUUUCUCCUGGCAAUUUUCAAUGUUGAAACCUUUGCAACAUUAUGGCUAUACAGACAAUAUAUCUUAAGACACAAAAGAAGAAACAAUGACAGAUGGAGAUGAAAGAGCAGUUAUGCUCUUAUCCACUGAGCGA